UGUUAGACAUUUACAAAAUCGCAGAAGAAAUUGCAGAUGACUCAAAACUGAAGAAAAAAUAUCAACUGAUAAACGACAAAGGAACAUUCGAUAUAUUUUUCAUGAAUGACAAAGCGCAAGAAUAUUUAACUCAUGUAUCUUUUUUUUUCCAAGUAGAUACACUCUUUUGCCUCACAUCAUGUAAUGCUUGCAAGGAGGAGUUACUAUCCAUUGUUAACCAUUUUAAUCGGACCAAUGCGAAAUUUCGGUUGACCCUUUUUGAUGAGAUACGUUAUGAAACUAUAACCUUUGGGGGGGUGAAAGGACAGAUAAUCACUACUUUGAUUUUUGCGUGUUCGU